GAAGAAGCGGAUGAUGUGGAGGAAUGGGAUAACUCGACGACACCAAUGAAUAUAUCAAUGAUAACCACAAGUCGUAUAUUGGCUGAAGUGAGAAAUACAACUGAAAUGAUGCUGAAGAUGGCCAGGGAUCAGAUAAGACACUUGAAGCCCAAAGCCAUUCACUCAUUGAAACAUUUGCGAUCACUGGAGGCACAGGUAGUUCAAGAGAGGGCACACCUGAAGGAAAUGAAACAACUAUUUGUGACAACUGUUGGGGGAUUACGGGAUGAAUUACGUAAUCAAAAGGAUAUACUGGACGGACAUAUGCGAAGCGCCGGUACUAAAAAUGUCACGGAAUUGAGGAUUAGGUCUAAACUACUGGAGUAUAAGGCGAAGCAAAUGUAUGACUUGGAAAUGGUUGCCCACUCGUGGGAUAUGGGAGAUAAAGUACAGUUACCCAGAGGUGGCCAUGGAUCAGUUAGAUGUAGACAUGACAGGAUAUACGUUAGAAAUGAUGGGAAUGGUAGUCAUAAAGUAACCCGUACAGCUAAUUAUACUGGUUAG